UAGAUUCCUCAUGCAUAGCCAUUUCUACUGUGCAUCUAUAACCCGUACAUAACAACUAAAAAGCAUCGUGCUACUGUAGACAUAUUCUGGAAUGGCCAGCAUGGUGGUGACGGCGCUGGAUUCCGGAAUCCUGCCACGCAUCCCCACCAACCCCGCUUUCCAAUCGCGGAACAGGGCCACCCCGCCGCCCGCGCCAGCGCAUCAACCCCAUAAAUCCCCCGAGCUUCGCGCCCGCUGCCCCAGAACCCUAGCCCUCUCCACCACCGUCACCGCCGCCGCCAUGGUGAGCGUCGAGGCCGACAUCGACCGUGUGCUGUGGACGGAGGCCGAAGUCGCGGCACGCGUGGGCGAGGUCGCCGCCGAGCUCGCGGCCGACCUGCGCUUGUUGCCGGGGCCGGCGGUCGUCGUCGGCGUUGCCACUGGCGCGUUCCUCUUCCUCGCCGACCUCGUCCGCCGCGUCGACGCGCCGCUCGCCGUCGACUUCGUGCGCGUCGAGUCCUACGGCGGCGGCACCGAGUCCAGCGGACGGCCCCGGAUCACGUCCGACCUCAAGGUCGAUGUCGCCGGGAAGCACGUCGUCGUGGUUGAAGAUAUUGUGGACACAGGGAAUACUCUCUCCUGUCUCAUUGCUCAUUUGCAAAAGAAAGGAGCAUCAUCCAUAUCGGUUUGCACUUUCCUUGACAAACCAGCAAGAAGGAAAGUUAAUAUUCAGCUAGUAGGGGAUGGGAAAUUCUACAGUGGCUUUGAGUGCCCAGAUUACUUUGUUGUUGGCUAUGGUAUGGAUUAUGCAGAGCUCUACCGUAACCUGCCUUAUGUUGGAGUUCUCAAGCCCGAGAUGUACAAGAAAGAUUCAAGCAAUUAGACUGGAGGCUACAUUUGCAAACGCAGAUGCAAGAGAGCAAAAAUUGCAAAUGAUAGAGACAUUUUAGUUUUGACAUGUGCAGGCACACUUUGCUUAAUUUUGUACAAGAAAGAAGCAUGAGGCCUGCUAGUUUACCUUUUUCUCCUUUUAAGCUCAGGAAAAACUACUGCUCUCCAAAUUCCAUUAGCAUAACAGCAAGAUGUAUCACUGUCGAUUUUGUUCAUCACCAAACUGCAACCCUGAAGGAAAAGAUGUGGUUGUAUGACAUGUUACAUGUUCAGUUUACAGCCUGCA